UUAGAAAUAUAUUCUAUUGUGAAUGAAAAUAUAAGUCCAUUAAUAAUAAUUUAAAGGUAAAUAAAAAUAAGCCUUUAAAAUGGGAGACUACGAUUCUGAUGAUGAACAGUCACAGUUAGAAAAAUUACGUUAUGCAAAGGUGCCACGUGGUAUGCACGUCAGUGGAUGGGACGAUGACGCGGACGAGUUAAUAGAAGAAGAUAAAAACCCACAAGCUUCACUGGAACGAAUGAUACUAUGGGCCGUUAAUGAGAAAAAGAUUGACGAAAUUCGUGAAAUAUUACGUCUGGACCCGGAAACAGUUGCUGCUGUGGAUGAGGAUGGUUAUACUCCGCUACACCGUGCUGCUUACAAUAACUAUGUAGAUAUAGCAAAACUUUUGCUACAACAUAAAGCCGAUCCUAAUGCAAGAACCAAAUUAGGCUGGACACCUCUUCACUCGGCCUGUAAGUGGAGUCACGCUGAAACUGUUACUUUAUUGUUGCAGCAUGGAGCUGAUGUUAAUGCCCAAUCCGAUGGCCUUCAAACCCCUCUACAUGUAGCCGCCACUGUAUCAAACUGUCGCAAUACAGCUACGGUACUACUAAUGAAUUCUGAUAUUAAACCACAACUUUCAAAUAACUCUGAGGAGACAGCUGAACAAAUAGCUGUACGUACAGGACUUACAGCUCCCAUUUUUGAAAUGGGGCACAGUUCUUUUUUUGUAGAAACCGGACUUAUAGACUAGUAGAACGUAAGGCAUAAAGAUUUUUAUUUUAACGAAAAGUAAGUAAACUUAAAUGUGCUGUAUUUAAAAAAAAA